AUGGCGGACGAGGAGGCGAAUCGGCAAGCGCAGGCGGAGGAGAUGGAGGCGCUGGAGGCGAUCUACGGCUCAGAUUGCUUCUCGUACUCGAGCGACGAGCACUGCUGCAGAAUAACCGUUCAACACCCCGAUUCAGUCACAUCCUUGGACAGUCACACCCACCAGCCCCCCUCCCUCACUCUCCUCGUCCACCUCCCCGCCGCCUACCCCUCCCACGCCGCCCCCGUUGCUGAGCUGGCACGCUACGAUUGGCUCCCGGACGAAGAGAGGAGCAGGUUGUGCUGCCAGCUGGAUAGAACGGCAGGGGGAGGCGGAGGGGGAGGGGGAGGCGGAGGGGGAGGGGGAGGGGGGGAAGGGGAGGGAGCACAUGCAGGGGAGGGGAGAGGGGAGGAGGAGACAACAGUACCUCUCAGUGGAGAGGUGGUGAUUUUCCAAUGGGUGGAAUGGAUAAAGGUGGGAGCAGCAGUGGGUGUGGCAGCACGCUCCGUGCUGGCAGAGCAGCAGGAGACGGAGAGAGAGGGGAGCAGCAUCUCAACCACCCUGAACCACUCCCAACCACUCCAACCAACCCCCAACGUGUGCAGGAGCAGCAGUGGGUGUGGCAGCACGCUCCUGCGGCGGGAUGUAGGGAGGGCGCUGGGCAUUGGGCAUGGAGGAGCGCUGUUGACAUCAUCUCACCUCCGUUCAGAGGGGGAUGUAGAGAGGGCGCUGGGCAUUGGGCAUGGGUUCCAUUUGCUGAGAGAAGAAGCCCACCUGGCACCCGUGGGCUCGCCUGCUGACGUGGCAGCGGUGAUGGACGUCCUUCUGGCCAAUCGCAAGAUAGCUGGCGCCACGCACAACAUCAUGGCCUAUCGGAUUGUGACAGCUGGCGCAAGCGGCAGCACUCAGGUCAUUCAGGACAACGACGACGAUGGGGAGGCAGCAGCAGGCGGCAGGUUGAUGCAUCUGCUGCAGAUUGUGGGGGCGGCUAAUGUGGUAUUGAGUAGAGACCUUGAGAAAGCAGCAGCAGGGGGCAGGUUGAUGCAUCUGCUGCAGAUUGUGGGGGCAGCGAACGUGGUGAGUGGAAGUGUGGUGGGGAGUGGUGUCACCCGGGGGGCAGUAGCAGGUGGUAGGUUGAUGCAUCUGCUGCAGAUUGUGGGGGCGGCUAAUGUGGUGAGUGAGGAGUAG